AUGGAAUUGGUUUUCGCAAUUUUGACCGCCCUUUUCACCACUGGAUUCGCCAGAAAUGUGACAUUUCACAGGGUUCCUGAACCAAUCGAAGACCACUACAUCGUUGUGAUGAAGCCGAAAGAAGACGUGGUCGCUGUCAAGAAGCUAAUCCAACUAGAUCGGUCUGGAAUCUUCAGAGACUCAUAUAUCAAGCACACCUACACAACGGCCAUUAAUGGCUUCUCCGCUAAACUAUCAGAGAGAGCUCUCGCAAAGCUCUUGGCUCGGGAUGAGAUCGACUACAUUUCGCAAGAUAGUAAGGUCACCGCUACUGCUGUAGCUCAAUGGGGCUUAGACCGUAUCGGUCAGCGGAACCUUCCACUGAGUGGCGAUUAUAGUUUCUUAGGAAACGGUUCUGGAGUCAAUGUGUACGUCGUGGAUACAGGGAUCUUCCCAGGUAGCUCUUUCUUUGGUGGUCGAGCAAAGGUAGCCUAUGACUCGGUCGGAGAUGGACAAGCUUAUGGCAUUGAUUGCAAUGGUCACGGCACCCACUGCGCCGGGACCAUAGGAGCGGAGAUAUUUGGAGUUGCCCCGGGUGUUAACCUCUUCGGAGUACGUGUCCUCGACUGCCAAGGAAGCGGUACAGCUGCUGGCGUCAUCGCAGGUUGUGAUUUUGUUGCGCGUUCAGCUAUGAAACCCGCCAUAGCUUCUAUGUCACUAGGAGGCUUUGCGCAGCCGGCGUUGGACGAUGCUGUGAGAGGGAUGUUUCAUGCUGGCGUUACCACAAUGGUUGCGGCGGGCAAUUCCAACAAUGACUCCUGUUUAUUCUCACCAAGCAGAGUCAGAGAGGUCAUAACGGUUGCUGCUACGGCUAUCAACGAUCGCCGGGCUUCUUUCUCCAAUUAUGGUAGUUGUGUUGACCUGUUUGCCCCGGGUGUGAAUAUCCCCAGUGCGGCAAUAGGCGGUGAGGAGUAUAUCGCAGCAUUCAGCGGAACGUCUAUGGCUUGUCCUCACGUGGCAGGUGCUGCGGCUAUUGCUCUUGGCAAAUCUGGAUCGAUGACCCCUGCUGAACUGAAAACCAAGAUGCUCGAUGACACAACUCCAGACGUGGUUGCCGAUGUAUCUGGCUCUCCGAACCUCCUUCUUUACGUGCCAUAACAACCUGAACAGACUUGGACACCAGGUGGGUGUUUCAUAAAGCUUUUCGUAAAGUUACGAACGACUUUACGC